GCCGCGUUUUAUCUCAUCUCAUUUACCUAUAUUCACUACUUCUUACAUCUGAGAAAAUGCCAAACCCUAAGGUUUUCUUCGAUAUGUCGAUCGGCGGCGUUAAGGCCGGCCGCAUCGUGAUGGAGCUUUACGCCGAUACCACUCCUCGCACUGCCGAGAACUUCCGUGCUCUAUGCACAGGUGAGAAGGGAGUCGGCAAGUCUGGUAAGCCACUCCAUUUCAAGGGAUCCUCAUUCCACCGUGUUAUCCCUGGAUUCAUGUGUCAGGGAGGUGAUUUCACUGCCGGAAACGGUACUGGAGGUGAAUCGAUCUACGGAUCUAAGUUUGCUGAUGAGAACUUCAUCAAGAAGCACACCGGUCCAGGUGUGUUGUCCAUGGCGAACGCUGGACCUGGAACCAAUGGAUCGCAGUUCUUCCUCUGUACUGCUAAGACUGAAUGGCUUGAUGGAAAGCAUGUUGUGUUUGGUCAUGUUGUUGAGGGAUUAGAUGUUGUGAAAGCGGUGGAGAAGGUUGGAUCGAGCGGUGGAAGGACCUCGAAGCCGGUGGUCAUAGUUGAUUGUGGUCAGGUUGCUUAGAUUGAAGAUCUGGAAAUCUGUGAAUGUUGACUUGUCAACAACUAUCUGAUUUUACUUCUAUGUUUGAGUCUUUUGUUUUUGUCUGGUUAUGUGUUUUCUAUCAUAUCAUAUGAACUUCUUUAGUCUUGAUGUUUCUGGAGUUGUAUGGUGAUUUGCAAUCUUGUCUAUGGAUUGCUUAUCUCAUGAAUGAACUAUUUUAAUCUACCUUCGAAUAAGAGUUUUAGCAGGUUUCUCUC